AUGGGCUGCUCACCUUCCAAAGGUACCAAUUUGGGCACUUUGGGAGCCAUGAGGAAGGGGAGAAUGUUACCAUCCCUACCUCAAGAAAACAAGAUAGAUGAAGAUGGAGGAGAGAACAUUGAAACUGCAAAAGUGGAUGCAAAAGAGAACAAUGAAUCUCCAUAUGUACCGAUAUCUCAGAAGGAGGCACCUACAACGCCACAAAAAAAGAAACAUGUCCCUGAAGAAGUGAUUACAGAGGUAAAGAACAUCGAAAAAGAGGCAAGAACAACAAUGGAAAAUGUCUUGCUGCCAGUAAGAAAGGAGAAAAACUUUGAGUUGGUUGAGAAAAGAUCUAACAGAAAACCAAAGAAAGCAGCUAAGGGUAUUAAAGGUCCCAGAAAGAAAGACAACAACAAGAUAUCUACGGAUCAAAAAGUGGACUUUCCAGAACCUUUAGUAAAGGCUCAUCAAGCUGCAUACAGCUUUUUGAAUCCCAGCAUAAAUAAAUAUGAUUCUGUACUUGGGCUUAUGGAGCAAGCAACCGAGACUCAGAUUUCCGUGCAGCAAAUGGUAGCCUUCAUGGCCUUACGCUACAAAGAAAUAAUUCAGGGACUGGAAGACAUGGCAGAGGAAGGGGAAAGGGUUUUGAAAGAACAUGGAGAACACCUUGCAUGGCCAAGCAAAAUGAAAAAUCUCUCGUCUUCUGGCCCUCCUGUCACUGAAUCUCCACCAGAUUUGUUGCAAGAGCUGCUUCAAUACACCACUCAGAGGAUGAGGAGUGUGAGCCAAACUGUUGUUGGAAUUGGAGACUCUGCUUUGGAGGAGGCAGUGGAAUACUAUAAGUCAGUGUCAAAACUUUUAGAAGAGAAACUGAAAAUAAAACGUGCAGUGGAAGCCAGGUUGAUGCGACUCUUAACCCGAAUUGAAAUUUCCUCUCUUCGCAAGCCUGGAGCUGAAGAUUUAGCUUUGUUUAGUGAAGACAGUGGUAUUGGGGCGGAGAAUGAAUCUCUUAACGGGUGCGACAAACGUCAUAGACGAGAGAGUUGUGGGUCCACUGGGACAAACAGAACUCUGGUUAGUCCGAUAGAUUACAAAUCUAUGAACAUCACUGGGGCAUCCAGUGCAAAAUAUGUUACACAAAUAAGUCCUAGUGUUUCCCUCACCUCGCUUAACUCAUUUGAUUCAACAUGUACUAUAAUGCCUAAUGACCAAAGAGAUUCACUGUUGGGAUCAGUAUCCUUAGAUGACGGUGAAGAUGAUGAUGAUAAUGAUGAAGAACACCAAGAUAAGGGUGUUGACAAUGGAAAGGUGGCAUUUAAAACACAAUCAAAUUCUUCAAUUGUGAGUUGUGAAACCUCUCCACUCCGUCUACCAACUAAACGCAUAGAAAAUCGCCAAAAUGUAGAAAUGACUCUCAAAAUGAAAAAUGCAAUAAGUGGUAAGAUACAGUAUGUUCAAAAGAACCCUUGCAGCAAGGGUAAAGCAGUCGGCAGUCCAAAGACCACGAGAAAAGACUGGACUGAUGAGGAAGUGCAACAUCCAAGGAGACCUCAAACAGCAGCAGCUGGUCGGAGGACAGAAAUAAAAAAGAACCCAGUUAUCAGAGGACAACGUUCCCGGUCAGCAGAAUCCUUGCGGAGUAAAGGGGAAGAUCCUACUCUGUUUGAACUGGAAAGAACACAGAAGGCUUUAAAUCAGAGGUUACAAAAGAUGAGUAAAAUAAAGGUGGGAGGAAACUCAAAGUCGGUUACAUUUAAACAAACUCAAGAGAAUUCACCAACACAGUCUCCGUGUUUAACUCAAAAACAGGGUCUCCAAGGUAAGAACAGUAAUAGAGAGCCACCUAGAGACAAGACAAGCCUGUCAAGGUACAACAAUAAAAAAGAAAAGCCUCCCUGUGAUGUUGAAGAUAAUAAACAGGAAGAAAAAAUAACACCAGAGUGUCCUCAAAAAGUAACCCCACCACCAAGCCCUUCGUCAUCACCACAACCAUCUUCUGGCUUUCACAGGGGCAGAAAUUCUGUCAAAAAACUGAUUGAUACCUUCAGCCAAGGUAUAGAGAUAAGAGAAGGUCCUAAAGUUCUUGGACCUUUAAAAGGAGUACAGAGGUGUGGUGUUCCUGUCUUACCCGGUUUAGGAAAUGUAGAAGCGGUUCUUAGUAUGGGAAUGACCAGUUGUAGAUCUGAGUGCACAACAUCUGAAAAAAUAGAUUAUUUAGAUUUGGAGAACCUUCCCCCACCUCCUCCAGAAGUGUUAAUGGACACUUCUUUUGAAAGUGCCCGAAGUGGAUCAACUGCAAAAGAAGAUGGAGUUUCAAAAGUUGGAAAGUCACCUGUACUGAAAAGGGCUGCUGUAUCUCAACGUCUGAGGGCCUCAGUUCAAACUGGCACAGUAUUGCCAAGUAAAGGGGGCUUACCACAGCAAUCGAAGAUUGUUUCUUCAGGCAAAUCUACCCUUUUAAAUGUCAGUCAGUCCAAUGUUCACCCAUAUCAAGAAACAGAAACGGAUUAUUUACACCAUCAAGCAAAAAAGAUCUUACCCCUUGGGAAAUCUUCAGACUUAGCAAAAUCAUCAGUGGGUUUGGUAGCAACCCCCAAAGUCCAAGGAAACUCUAAUGUACAUCAUAAUAGUAACAUUUUUGUGCCUCGAGCUAAUAUCAGUGCCACUACAGUGCCUCCUUCUUCAGUUACAAAUAGCCAACCACCUGCCACUCCACCUCUCUAUAGAGGACGGAUGCUACCAUCCACUCCCUCUACCCCUAGCAGCUUGCAUAGAAGGCUUCCAAGCCCCCCAUGUUUAAGAAAGGAUGCUACAACCUCCUCAACAGAGAGCCUUCCUGUAAACAAGACACCAUCUUUAUCACCGGCUCUGCAGCGUAGACUUCACAGUCCACCUGUUGCAAAGCAGAACCCAAGUACCUCCUACCCUUUCAAAGCGCCGUCUCCACCAGCCUCCCCAAAGUUACAGAGGUGUUCAAGGUCAAACAGCACUGAAGAAUCAAGUGCACGGAUGUUCAAUAAUGCUCGCUCCGUCUUCUGCCCAGUCUCACCAUCCAUGUUUGAAGCAAAGCAGUGUUCAGUUUCCCAACCAACUCAAGCAUGGACUAUUAACAGAGUAUCCCCUCAUUCAAGCUGUUUGGGAAGCCGAGGAAGGCUCCCUGUGUCUGUGCAAGGACCCCGGCCCUUUGUACGGCGCAGCCAAUCAGACAGAAGGCCAAGUCUAAGUAUGACAUCACGAUUUCAAGGGACUUCUGUGGCUCAAACUUGUGGAAGCGAACCAGCAAUCUUUUCAAAGGGUCUAGAUGAUGAUCCAGUCACGCACCGGGAAUUAUGGGGGAGCCAAUCAGACCUCGGAGCAAAACCACGCUCUGCAUCACAACCGGACCUGUGUGUUGUUGGACAGAGCUUACACAGGAGCUAA